AUGUUCUGGCUAUUCGUAUCAAAAACAGCUAUAAGUUACGUGACUCCCUCAAAGCUUUCUCAGAUUGGUCUUUCCAAAGAUAUGAAAGACGAAUCUUCCAGCUUAAACAUCUUACGGAAGGCCUGUCUCAAGACGUUUCAAUCAGCGGAAAUGAAGCAUCGAAAUCGCAAUGUGUGUUAUGCAGUAGACUUACUUCAAACCGCUGGUGUGACUGAAGUAAAGGACAAGGGUUUUUUAAAGAGUAUUGCACAGAAUGCACGGCCAUUAUACUUUGAACGUGGA